AUAAUAGCCUAUGUCUGGGUCUGACUCUAAGACGGGAUUUGCCACAAUAGAGAAUCCGAUAACAAUUCAUUUUGUAUGGAUCUCCAUGUCAUUUCAAUCAAUUUGAUCUUUGCUGAUUUUCACAGUUUGUCGCAGUAAUUGGCUCGAUAACGGAGGACUCAAAUUUGUGGAUUCUGUAAUGUAGAGGAAAGCUUACUCGGCUCAAACAGAUUCAUGUAGUGUAAGAAAUAAUUUCAGUUCUUAGGGAGUUGAGGAAAAUAAUUCCACAAUGGGUCAGCGCCUAAGCGAGGACAGUGACCCAGACAAGGAAAUCAAUGUGGCAGAACUGCAGGAAUGGUACAAAAAGUUUGUAGUGGAGUGCCCGAGUGGAACUCUCUUUAUGCAUGAGUUCAAGGGAUUUUUUGGUGUUGCUGAUAACAAAGCGGCCGGAGAUUACAUUGAAAACAUGUUUCGAGCCUUUGACAAGAACGGCGACAACACUAUUGAUUUUUUGGAGUAUGUGGCAGCCUUGAACCUGGUCCUGAGGGGUAAACUGGAACAUAAGCUUAAAUGGACAUUCAAAAUGUAUGAUAAAGAUGGAAGUGGAUGCAUUGAUAAAACAGAGCUUCUUGAAAUUGUAGAGUCUAUUUAUCGAAUGAAGAAAGCCUGCCAUGGAGAGCUGGAUAAAGAUUGCCUUCUGCUGACCCCAGACCAAGUGGUUGACCGGAUAUUUGAGCUGGUGGAUGAAAAUGGAGAUGGGGAGCUUUCGCUGGAUGAGUUUAUUGAUGGAGCUCGGAGGGACAAGUGGGUGAUGAAGAUGCUGCAGAUGGACGUCAACCCUGGGGACUGGAUCAAUGAGCGAAGGCGCAGUUCUGACUCCUAAGGCUGGAACAUGGACUGUCAUGGACAAUCUGUCAGAUACUGUACACACGUCCUUUACGUGUGACCAGUCGUUGACCAGUUGUGAUUUUAUAUCUAUUGCCGUUAUAAAAGACAACACCCUAGUCAUCCUGGUACUGUUCUGUAUACUAUAAUAAUUAGAUGUAUGUCCACAACAAUACUGUCCUUUGCUUGUUAAACUACGGCCGCUAUGGUCUGGUAGGUCUGUCUAUACAGUAUGUCUGUAUUUUAAAGAUGCUGACAACACAAGGUGCUUC